AUGAGUGACCCGGUGAUGGCGGCGGACGGGCAUUCGUACGAGCGGUCGGCGAUUGAGCGCUGGCUCGCGACCAAGUCGACGAGCCCGAUGACGGGCGAGGCGCUCGUGCAAAGCUUCCUCGCCCCCAACCACAUGGCGGCCAAAUACGCGAGCUGGGCGCUCCAAUGCGUCAAGACGUGCUGCAAGGAGGCGAUUUAG